GGGACUGGGAGAGGGACCGGGGAAUGGAGCGGGCGGUGGGGAUAGGGACCGCGACCGGGUCAGGGUCGGCGCUGGCCACCUCGCUGGCCGAGGGGCUGAUCAAAUCCCCGCGGCCGCUGAUGAAGAAGCAGGCGGUGAAGAGGCACCACCACAAACAUAACCUGAAGCACCGCUACGAGUUCCUGGAAACGCUGGGGAAGGGCACCUAUGGGAAGGUGAAGAAAGCCCGGGAGCGCUCCGGCAAGCUGGUGGCCAUCAAAUCAAUCCGGAAAGACAAAAUCAAGGAUGAGCAGGACCUUGUCCAUAUCCGGAGAGAGAUUGAGAUCAUGUCCUCCCUUAACCACCCCCACAUCAUCGCUGUCCAUGAAGUGUUUGAGAACAGCAGCAAAAUCGUCAUCGUGAUGGAGUUUGCCAGCAGGGGGGAUCUGUACGACUACAUCAGCGAGAGGCAGAGGCUGAGCGAGCAGGAGGCUCGGCACUUCUUCCGCCAGGUCGUCUCUGCCAUCUACUACUGUCACAAGAAUGGGAUCGUUCACAGGGACCUGAAGCUGGAAAACAUCCUCCUGGAUGCAAAUGGGAACAUCAAGAUCGCAGACUUUGGCCUCUCCAAUGUUUACCAGCAGGACAAGCUCCUGCAGACCUACUGUGGCAGCCCCCUCUAUGCAUCCCCUGAGAUCAUCAACGGGAGGCCCUACAAGGGCCCAGAGGUGGACAGCUGGUCCCUGGGUGUUCUCCUCUACAUCCUGGUCCAUGGCACCAUGCCAUUUGAUGGCCACGACUACAAGACUCUGGUCAAGCAGAUCACAAACGGGGACUACAGGGAGCCCACGAAGCUUUCGGAUGCCUGUGGGCUGAUCCGCUGGAUGCUGAUGGUGAACCCCGAGCGCCGCGCCACCAUCGAGGACAUUGCCACCCACUGGUGGGUGAACUGGGGCUACAAAGUGCCACUUGGGGAGCCAGAGCUGCUGAGGGAGACCGAGUCCCCCAUGGCCACGGUGGCAGAGUGGCUUCGCCGCUCCUCCCGACCCCUCCUGGAGAACGGCUCCAAGGUGAGAUGCUUCCUGAAGCAGCACAUCCCCGGCGUCACCCUGGAGAGGCAACGCUCCCUCAAGAAGUCCAAGAAGGAGAACGACAUCUCCCAGGUGCUGCAGGAGGUGGCCCUGGCCCCGGAGAAUCCCUCCAAGUCCAUCCUCAAGAGGCCCAAGGGUAUCUUGAAGAAGAGAAACUCCUGUGAGCAGAAGAUGCCCAGUCCCGGUCCCCCGCCUGCAGUGCCCGUGGGAGAGGAGAGGGGGGAGGAUGGGGCUGUGGCUGCUCUGGGUCUCCCCCAGGUCCUGUCCCCCAGGAUUUUGCCUCGCAGUGCAGGUGCUGGAGCCGUGCCCACGGCUGUGCCCAAGAAGGGAAUCCUGAAAAAGCCCCCAGCGAGGGAGUCAGGGUACUACUCAUCCCUGGAAUGCUGCGAAUCCGGGGAUGUCCUGGACGCGGGGAGCUUGGACCUUGAUGGGAGUGUUUUUCCUGACCCCCCCUCCCCAGAGCAGGGCCCCCAGGGGCUCCCUGCCCGCCGCAAAGGCAUCCUCAAGCACAACAGCAAAUACUCCUCCAGCACCACCGAGCCAGAGAACCCCCCUGGGCAGGGCUUGGGGGGCCUGGGGGGCUUCGGCGAGGUGACCCUGCCCCAGGUGCCCCGUGCCCGCCCGUCCAGCGCUGUCAGUGAGGACAGCAUCCUCUCCACGGAGUCCUUUGACCAGCUCGACCUGCCCACCCGUGUGCCCCACGGGGGUGGGGGCAUGAGGGGCUGUGUCUCUGCUGACAGCCUGCUGCGGCUGGAAGAGGAGGAGGAGGUGGAGGAAGGGCGCAGGCUGCGCCGCUGGACUGUCACCCACUGCCGGAGCCCUCUGGCUGAGAGCAGCUUGUCCCUGGCUGGCUGUGACAAUGUCACCGAGGUCUAUCAGCGUGCCAUGGCCAUUGGCAUGAAGCUGAGCUGAGGGUUCCUCCUGCCAGGGCUUCCUGGGAGGGUGAGGGGGGUCCCUGUUGGGGAGGGGGCUGAGCCCUCCCUGUCCCGGUGCUGCUGAGCCACAUUCCAUGUAUUUAUUUUCCAGCCUUGUGCCCCUUGGGAGAUGGGGGGAGCGUGGGAGCUGUGGUGGCCGUGGGGUGUUGGGAUGCCCUGCGGCCAGGACAUUAAAUGGACCAAAACCCCCAGUGAUCCCUCCAUCAGCCCCAUGGGGGGGUUCCUGGAGGCUCCUCUCUGCCAUCCCUCCCUCAUCUCAAUCUCAUGGGGGGAAUCCAGAGAGGGGAUGGGGAGAUAUUUGUUGUUUUUUCUUUGCACUGUUUGUUUUUUUUGGGGUUGUUUUUUUUUUUGGCUGCACAAGGUAACAGACGGGGCAGGUGAUAUACCUCAAAGAAGCUGGAGAUGUAGCAGGGUGCUGGGGAGGGGCUGAAAGGUGCUGCCCUGGCCAGUGGGCAAGUAAUAGGGUCCAAACCACCCAGGCCCCAGCUCUUCCCUCUUCAGCACUGAGAAACCCAACUGGAUCUGACCAAAACCCCAGUCUGAGAAUAUGCUCUGAGGCCAACAUCUUUUUUUCUAGUUUUUUUUCUAGGUUUUUUUUUUCUAUUUUUUUUUCCCAGUGUUGAAAGGAGGAAAAAAAAAAAAAGUGCCUUUGCUCAGGCACCGCUUCUUUAUUUAUUGCCUUUGUCUGACUUGAUGUAAAAGUCCAGCAGCAUGGGAUGUGUGGGGCUCUGGAAUUGGCCUCCUGGAUGUUUGUUUUGGGAGGGUGGAGGUGUCUGUGCUGUUGUCUCCUGUGCUGCACAUUGAAGCUCGGUUGCACUAUUGCCCUGUGUCCGCUGGCCCUUUCCCUUCUCCAGGGUCUGUGGCUUUUUUCCUCUUCUUCCUACAAACUGGUCUUGAGAGAGAAAAAAAAAAUUAAAUUAAAAGCAAAUGGUAGAU